AUGUGGCUUAAGGCUUUACCAAAGAAUAAUAAAAAAUGUGUGUGCAAAGUGUGUAACACGGAAAUUUUAUGUGGUAAAAGUGAACUGCUAAAACAUGCAGAAAGUAAAAAACAUUUAAAAAAUAUGUCUGCUGUUAAUUCUAGUUCAAGAAUUUCCUCAUUUUUCUCAACUAACAAUACUCCAAAACAUCAGAAUGCCGUAAAAAGUGCCGAAAUAAGAUUAAGUAUCUUUUUCGCCGAACACAACGUAGCUACGCAUACAAUAUAUCACUUGAUGCCAUUACUUAAAGACAUUUUUCCAGACUCAAAAGUGUGCCAAGACAUACAAUUAGGAAGAACUAAAUGCACAGAAAUUAUAAAAAAUAUUGUUGGAAAUUACGAGACAAAUUUGCUUGUUAAGGAUUUACGUGAUACGUCGUUUUCUGUUCUUGUUGAUGAGACCACCGAUAUUAGUGCAAAAAAAUCCAUGUGUGUUUUAGUCCGCUAUACAAAACAAUUUAAAGUAGUGACACAACUUCUGGAGCUAGUCCAGCUUAAUGCUGCUGACUGCAGUGCGGUUGAACUGUAUAACUUUUUAAAAAACUGUUUUAAUAAACAUGAAAUACCCAUUGCAAAUAUAGUUGGUGUGGCUUCAGAUGGAGCAAAUGUGAUGGUGGGAAAAAACAAUUCUCUUUUUUCACAUUUAAAAAGUGAAGUUCCAGACAUCAUAUUAAUGCGCUGCAUUUGUCAUUCUUCAGCUCUAGUUGCUGGUUGCGCAGAACUACCAUCAUCGGUGGAAAAUUUAAUUAGGAGUAUAUCAACUUAUAUUUCUGGAAGUGCAAAAAGAUGUGCCAUUCUACAAGAAAUACAAGAAUUCAUGCAACUGGAAACUACAAAAAUCCUAAAUUUAUCUACAACACGUUGGCUUAGUCGUCAUGCAUGCAUUGUAAGAAUUUUGGAUAAUUGGGAAGCUAUCAAACAUUUUUUUACUUUGGCAGUAUUUGAAGAUAAAUUAAAGUCGGCAGAAGAUAUUUUAAAUAAGAUGCAAGACAUGCGUUCAAAGGCUUAUUUACUGUUUCUUAAAUAUGCUUUAAAUUUUUUGAAUAGUUUCAAUGCGUUAUUUCAGCCAAGAAAAGUAUUAAUUCAUAAUCUGUUUGAUUCUUCAGAAAAAUUAUUAAAACAAAUUUGUAGUAACUUUUUAAAACCUGAAGUUUACGCUGCUAAUCGUAAUCUUUCCGAAAUUAAUGUAAAGCAUCCUAAUAAUUUUGAACAGUUGCAAAAUAUAAACUUGGGUAUUGAAUGUCAAGAAUUCAUUCGUAACAUGCCUCAAACUGAAAAAAAUUAUAUUUUAAAAAUGUGUUUACAAUUUUACAUCACUGUUGCAGCCCAGAUACAAUCAAGAUUACCACUUAAUAAUAUGUUUUUUAGAAACCUACAAUUUUUAGAUCCCGAAGUAGCAUUUAAUUUUAAUAAUCGAACUAAAUUUAACGUUGAUAUAAAAGAAGUGGCAAAAAUGUAUCCUAAUCACAUUAAUCUUACACAAUUAAGUGUCGAGUGGCAAAAUUUGCCAAAUGCAUUUAAUGAGUUUGAAAUUUUAGAUUUUAAAAAUAUGGCAAUUGAAGAAAUGUGGCUUAAAAUAAUUGAUUCUAAAAAUUUUAACGAUGAAUAUUUAUUUCCCAAUUUAAAACAAAUAAUAAAUAUUGUACUUUCUUUGCCUCAUUUUAACGCUGAGGCUGAAAGAAUAUUUUCUUUGGUUACAGACAUCAAAUCAAAAAAACGUAAUCGAAUAGAUGACGACUUUAUCAAUCCAAACUUAACCUCUACCUCAAAAAAUACUCAAAUGAAAACAAAGUUACAUUCGUUAGGUCUUGUAUGCGAUAAACAAGGUAUAUCUGAUGGAUCAGUUGCUGCGAUUGCUAGUUCAGUAUUAAAAGAUGUAAAAAUAAUUACCACAGAAGGUUCGUCGAAAAUAGACGAAAAUAAAGUGGCAAGAGAGCGAAAUAAAUUUAGAAAUACUCCAAAGAAGGAGUUUUAA